AUGACUUGGACAUUAUUGGUUGUGUUCAUAGGCAUCUUUUCUUACUAUGUCUUCAAAGUGUGCGCCAACAAUAUAUUUCGUCGAAUUGGAAUUCCUGGUCCAGUCCGUAUUCCAUUUUUUGGAGAACUUUUCAAUGUUAUACGCAAGGGCUACAAAACGAACGAUUCGGAUUUGGUUCAAAAAUACGGCAAUGUUAUUGGAAUUUACGAAGGAACAACUCCAUUGAUUCUUCUGUCUGAUCUAGAUCUUCUUCGAAAUGUGCUUAUUAGAGAUUCUCAUGUUUUUAUUAAUCGAAGAGUAAUCGAAAAUAUAUCAGGUCCUUUGGAACACGGUCUUACAGUAUUAAAAGAUGAGCAAUGGAAGAAUGCUCGAUCUAUCGUUUCACCAACAUUCUCUACAGCAAAACUUAAAGCAAUGUAUAGUCUUAUGAAUGAAGUAAGCGAUAUUUAUAAUAAACGUCUUCUAGAAUAUGCUGAUAAACAAGAGAUUUUUAAUAUUAAUAUACUUAAUGGACAAUAUACACUUGAUAAUAUCGCUUCUUGUCUAUUUGGUAUUGACACGAAUUCAUUACAAAAUGAAAAUGUUACAUUAAUUAAACAUUUAAGAAAGUUCUUCGAGAUAGAUCUAACAAACAUAUACAUUUACAUUACUAUCAUAUUACCUCCAUUGGCCAGUUACUUAGGAAAGAAAGGUUAUUCACUACUACCACGUGAUGCUAUGAACUAUAUUUCAAAUCUUGUAAACCAAAUUGUGAAUCGACGUCGGCAACAUUUAGAAAGACGAAAUGAUUUCAUUCAAAUAAUGGUUGAUCAUGAACAAGAAGUCACAGCUGAUCAAAAACUAAUGGAAGCAAAAGAAAAUGCAGACGAAACAGAAUCACAACAACAGCAGUGGGAAACACUUAAGAAAACUUUGACCGAUAAGGAAAUAAUUGGGCAAGCCCUUAUCUUUAUGAUUGCUGGCUAUGAAACAACAAGUGUAUUGAUGUCAUUCUUUUUUUAUAUUAUGGCAACCGAACCGACUAUACAAGAAAAAGUUUAUGAAGAAAUUCGACAAGAACUUGGAGAUGAUGAAAUUACUUAUGAAAAAGUUAGUCAACUUCGCUAUUUAGACAUGGUUAUUAAUGAGACAUUACGAAUGUAUCCACCAUUCAUUAGAUUUGAGCGUGUUGCCUCAAAUGAUUAUGAACUAGGAAAUUAUCAUAUACCAAAAGGUUCUAUUAUCAGUGUACCUGUUUACCCAAUUCAUCAUAAUCCGGAUUUUUGGACUGAUCCAGAAAAAUUCAUACCUGAAAGAUUUUUGCCGGCGGAAAAAGCAAAGCGACAUCCAAUGUCAUUUCUUCCUUUUGGCGAUGGACCUCGAAAUUGCAUUGGAAUGCGAUUCGCUUUGUUAGAAGCCAAACUUGCAAUUGUUAAGGCACUUCGUAUCGUAGAAUUUCAGAAAUGUGAAAAAACAGAAGCCCCACUUCAGCUGGGAAAAUUAGCAAUUUUAAAUACUAAAAAUGGUAUUUGGCUAAAUGUUAUUCGUCGAUCAGAAUAA